AUGCCACGACCCGAGACAACUUCUCAUACAACAUUCGUUUACUUCUUCUGGAACCAGAGUUCAAAAUUGGAAAUGACGGAAGAUAAAAAAUCGGAGACAGGACAAGAGGUCCGGGAAACAGGACAAACGGUUCAUCACCACCAACAGCAACCCUCCCUCAAAGACACUGGCUCCGGACCUCCUCGUAGCCAGAAUGAGCCUUACUUCGAUGAUUCCCCCACGUCAACUAAACCGACCAGGACUCAAGUGGCUCGAGAGACUAUAGAAACAUACCACAAUUACAAAAAUAAGCGAAAGACAAAAGAUCACAACUGGUGGGGAAGCAAGCACCAUGAACCCGAAAGAGGCGAUCCGGAUCGUGAAUUUCAGUUCGCACGGAACAUGUCAGUAUCAAACCAAGAGAUCAAGGAUGCGCAACAGGCGUAUGAUGCUAGAAUAAUUGACCCUUUUGCAGGUAAACCCGACCCACUGGGCCCUCACUUGCGACCUACAACUCCUCCAAUGGAGAAAGCCGAGAAGCAGAACAAAGGCCUGGAGGACCAAGGGGUUAAUGUAACUCCUGAACUGAGAGAGGAGGUGACUCACCAAUUUAUCUCCAACAGUGGGAUCCAUGCAGCUCUCUUAAUUCGGUGCAGGAACAAGAAGGAUGUCCCUGUCCAGUAUGUUAACGAGUUCAUCAAGAGCAUGGAUCGACUGCAGCUCGAGAUGGCCACGCAGCAGCACGAUGUAACUGAGAAGCUAGGCCAAACCAUCAAAGAUUGUGAAGAAAAGGAGUCUCGCUGUCAGCAGCUGCAAACUGAAAACAGCAAGCUCGAGAUGGAAGUCCACAGGCUCAAAGAGGAGACAGAAAAGCUACAACAAGAGGAAAAAGAGAAGACGGAUAUACAAAACGAACCCUGUGGGAGUAAGGCGGAAGAGGAAAAGGCGGACCUCGAGGAUUCCUCGAUGCAAUACAACAAACAUUCUAUUCCGCCUCCACCCACCGUAAGGCUACCUAGGACCCCGUUAACUUCCGUCAGAGAAGCCUCACAGUCUAGUCAGAGCUCACCAUUAUCACCUGUAACCAAGGAAAGCUUGGAGAAGAAGGUCUCCGAAGCAGAAUCAGAAAGGGAUACUUUCUUAGAUCAAUUAUGCAGUGAACAAGACACAACGAGAACACUUUCAAGCAAGAUAAAGGAACUCGAGAAGAAGCCCUGGUCAGUAAAAGCCGCACAGUCUCAUGCCACCCAGGACGAUGCUUGCAGAAACCGGGUCAAGGAAUUGGAGUUACAAGUACAAAACCUCAAAGAGGAACUUCGGGCCAGCAAUGACAGCAUGAGAGUUCAGGGGAAAACCAACUACAUCACGGUUGACAGUCUAAUCAAUGCAGUUCGGAAGGAGAACAAAGGAACCGAUGAAGAAGAAGCACCGAACCUCGUGGACCGAAUCAACUAUCUGAACUUGGUCUGCUUCUUCCGAACUCGCAACUAUCUUCAACUUGCUCUACGGGAGGGCGAUCAUACAUUGGCAAGAAUUCUCCUGAAUGACGCUGACAAAUGGGUCAAGUCAUGCAAAGAGUAUUUCGAAACGAUGGAUCCAGAGGUCAAUCGCCAAAUCAAAGGCUCUAUGCUCAUUCUUCACGGUAUGCGGAAAGUCUUGACGACUAAAGACGAGGGUAUCCUAAUUGAAGGCAUAAAAUAUGUCAAACAUGGACGCAGUGAACUUAACAAGCUCCCAAAGAGUGACUCUUUUGCGCAGCUUGUGCAACUUGCAGAUUCUAUCCUUCAAGCGACCAAGUACGACGAGGAACAGAAUAGUCUGGGUAUCAAGAGACUUCCGUUCAAUCCAUUUGGGUGGAAGAACAAGCGCCAAUACGCCAAAAUUCAGGGGACUAUCAAGGACGACCCAGCCAUGAAGGCAGAGGCGUUACGUCUUACAGGCGUCCAUUCUCCUUUAUCUCCCCAUAAAUGGAGAAAGGACAACUGA